AGCUAGCGACUUUAUCGACGAUAUGAUUAUCGAACUACAAUCGUAAUUUACAUACGGCGCACUCGAUAUAGAAUAAUAGUGUUACCGGUGAACGUGGUUAUCAGCUUUAGUUCUUUCCCAAAGCUUCCCGUAGAGGGCAGACUCUUACUACUACUACCUUUAUUUCACACUUCUACUUUGAGCUGGAAUGUUUCGCUGGAGGAAACCAAAAAGCGUGAGCGUGAGUUCUCUUGAUUUGGACAAGACCGAUGAGAACGAAACGCUGCUAGCUUGCGAAGAAAAGGAAAAGGAGGAAAAGGAAAGCGAGUCAGCUGAGAUAACUCCGGUCAACGAAAUGCCUACCAAGACGAAUGAGGAAGAAGUGGGCAAGUAUGUAUCCCUGCUGGUUAAGAUACGUUUGAAAGAGGGACAAAAUCUUGCAAUCCGAGAUGCGUCAGGUAGCAGUGAUCCUUAUGUGAAAUUCAAAUAUAAGGAUCGUAUUGUAUAUAAAAGCAGUACAAUAUUCAAAAACCUAAAUCCAAUAUGGGACGAAGAGUUCCAGAUGCUUGCCGAAGACAUGACCUCACCAAUUAGUAUCGAGGUGUACGAUUAUGAUCGAUUUUGUACAGAUGACUUUAUGGGUUGUGCAACUAUAGACAUCAGUCAGAUAAGAUGGUUUGACCCAGUCGAGCGAGUGGUCGAGUUGUGUGAUGACGCCUCACCAAAAGAGGAGCUUGGCACGGUUUCCAUCACAAUCACAGUAGUUCCACUAACGACCGAUGAAAAGGACGAAUUUGUACAAAAAUCAGUGAGAGGAGUAUUAUCAGAAGUGGUGAAGAAAAAAGAGAAAACACCCGAUAGCUUGCGUCGGAACUCUCUCGAUAUAAAUUUGCAAAAAGUGGCAAUCUUUCGCAAUGCCCAGCCAUCAAAGCUCGUCAAAAUGGUGCAGAUGUGGGCAUCCGUAGUGAACGUCGUGCUGGUCGAAGGGCGGAAUCUUAAUUAUAAUUCUACUGCACAGCCUGAUCCUUAUUGCAAGUUCAAACUCGGAUGUGAGAAAUACAAAAGUAAGGUGUGCAGUCACUGCUCAGACCCGAAAUGGAUUGAACAGUUUGACUUGCAUAUUUACGAGUUUGGUUCGGAGACGUUGGAGAUCUUGUGCCAGGACAAGCGAACCUCAACAUGUAUUGGAAAGAUUGCAGUUGACCUGCACGAGUUUCCCCGUGAUGAGACCGUUCAAAAAUGGUACGAUUUGGAAGACUCUGCGGGAUCCUUGUUAUUGUUGAUAACCGUGUCGGGAAGUCACUCAACAGACAAUGUUGUAGAUUUAACUGAGUUCGAUCAGAACGAUCUGAGGCACUCUAUAGUGGAGCGAUAUGACAUACGACACACUUUCAAAGACAUCAAAGAUAUUGGACAAUUGACGGUAAAAGUCUUCCGUGCCGAAGAUCUCCAGGCUAAGGAUAUGGGAGGCAAAAGCGAUCCGUUUGCAGUGCUUGAGCUGGUCAACACGAGGCUACAAACUCACACUGAAUAUAAAACUUUGAAUCCACAAUGGAAUAAAUUAUUCACAUUCGCUGUGAAAGACAUUCAUACCUGCUUAGAGGUGACAGUCUAUGAUGAAGAUCCAAAUCGCAAGUUUGAGUUUCUAGGGAAGGUUGUAAUACCUUUGAUAUCGAUAAAAAAUUGUGAAAGACGGUGGUAUGCCCUGAAGGAUAAGAAGCUGUGUACACGAGUCAGAGGCCAAAUUUUGCUUGAACUUGAUGUAAUUUGGAAUCCGGUAAGGGCAGCAAUUAGAACAUUCAAUCCGCGUGAGAGGAAGUUCAUCGAAAUUGACAAAAAAUUCAAGGCUAGUCUGUUUCGAAACACCGUAAUGGAACUGAAGGAGUUUGGAUUGACUAUUCUUGACUGCAAGAACUACGUUGAAAGUUGUUUCGAUUGGCAUUCGACCGCAAGAUCGGUGACUGCUUUUGCGGUAUUCAUGGUCAGCGUGUACUACUUCCAACUUUAUCACAUCCCACUGUUUCUCUUGGUGUUAUUUAUGAAAUGUCUCAUUUACAAGCGGGUAGCUGAAGAGUUAACACCUCGCUGCGAUAAGUCGGCUAAUUACGACGAUGAUGGUGAAGAGGAAAAGGAACCAGAUACACCUACAAGACACUUUUCAUUCAAGUCCAAGGACAAGGAUAAGGAAUCGUCGUCUUCAUCGAUCAGGGACACAUUGUCUUCCGUGCAAGAGACUUUGGCGGUGGUUCAAAAUUCUUUAGUAUUUAUCUGCGCUUUACUUCAGCGGGUUCGAAACACCUUCAACUUCUCCUCUCCAUGGUUAUCGUGGUUAGCCAUAGCUGUACUAUCGGUAGGAGCUGUACUUCUAUACUUUGUGCCUCUGCGAUAUCUCAUCAUGGCGUGGGGCGUUAAUAAAUUCACGAAGAAGUUGCGCAAUCCACACUACAUUGAUAACAAUGAACUUUUGGACUACUUAUCACGGAUACCAAGCGACAAAGAACUGCUUGAAUGGCGGGAGUUCAAAGUUACGCCGAGUGCCAAUGGUCGAGAGAAAGAGAAGAAACCUAAAUGAGGUUACCCUCAAAAUGUAGAAUGCGUGCUGAUAAUUCUAGAUGUCAAACGUUGUUAGCUGGCAUCACAUUCAACCCUUCUACGAAACAGCAAGGGCAAGCCAAAGGGUCAUGUUGAAGUCAAAAUCACAGCAUUGUCACCUCUUUUUGUUUUGAAUCAAAAUGAUACCACUUAAGUGUCAUGAAUGCUUCGUUUGUACGACAUUCCAUAUUAAGCUUGAAUGUAUAUCUCUACCACAUUUUCACUAAAUUGUGUUAGAACUGAGUAAUGCUUUACCACUUUUCUGGUUUUUUUCGGGUUAAUUUAUGUUUUCCUCCGGUAACAAUAGGUACACUAUUUACUGCGCAUGUAAAUUAUGGAGUACUUCAAUUUUUCGGCGUUCAAUCUUUCUAGUCAUGUACUAUGAUCAUUUGCUAAAUUAUGGAGAUAAAUUAUUUUCAUUC